AUGUGUGGGCAUUGUAAGGGUAUAGGGCAUGCUACUAAAGAUUGCAGAAGGAAAGAAAGCAGAAAGCAACAGUGGAUAGCUAAAGAAGUGAUUCAGAAACCAGAGAAAAAAGAAACGGAGGUAGCUAAAACUACAGUUGAUGGGUUUCAGACUAUUACGAAAGGGUGGAGGGUCAAAGCCAAAGAUUCUAUGGCUGGGCCUUCCACAAUGAACUCCUUCCAGGCAUUAACAGAUUCUAAAGUCUCAACAAGCGUUAUGACUGGGGAGAGCCAGAAUGACACUGUGCAAGAGAGCCAACAGAUAAUGGUGGAGGAAUUAGGAAAUACGGGAGGGGGGGGGGGGCUUAUUCACUUGUCUGUUGCUACUGUGGACAAUAAGCAUAGCUUUUUCGCUACUUUUGUAUAUGGCUUUAAUGAUGAGGAGGGAAGAAAAAGCUUGUGGAAAAGAUUACAGGAUUUGACUAGAGUGGACCCAUGGUUGGAAGAUGUUAAAUACAGUGGGAACUUCUAUACUUGGAGUAAUAAACAGCAGGGAUCAGAUAAAAUCUACUCCAAGAUUGAUAGAGUUAUGGCGAAUCAAGCUUGGAUGGACAAAUUUACAAAUGCUGAAGCUAUUUUCCUUAAUGAAGGCAUAUUUGAUCACACUCCAGCAGUUCUUACAGUGCAUUCUGACAUUCCUAGUGGUAAGAAACCGUUCAAAGCUGAACAAGAGGGUUUUUCAGAGAUUCAUAUGGCUUAUAUGCAAGCUAAAGAGAAGUUGAAUGAUUGUCAGAAUAAGAUGCAUCGAGAUCCUUUGAAUGUGGUUCUACAGUAUCAAGAAUUGGAAGCUAGAAAGCAUUAUGCAGGGGAACAUAAAAACUACAGCUCAUACUUGUCUCAAAAAGCUAAGGUUACUUGGGUCAAAGAAGGUGACGAAAACUCAGCUUUUUUUCACUCUAGUAUCAAAGAAAGAAGGCAUCAAGUUAAAGACUCAAUUAUAGCUCACGGUCCUGUGCUUUCCAGACAACAGGCAGAUUUUCUAUCAGCCGAGUUUACUAAAGAAGAUAUUAAAGAUGCUAUGUUUAGCAUCCCUGGCAUUAAAGCUCCAGGGCCUGAUGGUUAUUGCAGCUACUUCUUUCAGGACAAUUGGGAUUUAGUUGGAGAUGAGAUAAGUGAAGCUAUAUUAUCGUUCCUACAUACAGGGCAUCUGUUAAAAGAGAUUAAUUCUACAGUGAUUACCCUUAUCCCUAAGUGCAAAUGUCCUAAUACUGUAAGUGAUUAUCGUCCCAUAUCUUGCUGCAAUGUCUUAUACAAAGUAGCUACAAAAUUGAUCUGCAGUAGGCUUAAAGUUAUUCUUCCAGAUCUUGUGGCUCAAAAUCAGGGGGGGUUCAUUAAAGGCAGAAUAAUUUCUCAUAAUAUUAUGAUUUUUCAGGACCUAAUAAGGCAUUAUGUAAGGAAAUCGAGUAGACCCAACUGCAUGAUAAAGCUUGAUUUUCAAAAGGCUUAUGAUACUAUGGAAUGGGGAUUCUUAGAAGAGAUGCUACAAGCCUUUAAAUUCCCUGCUAAAUUCAUUAGUCUUAUAAUGGCUUGCAUAUCUACACCUAAGUAUUCUCUAAUGUUUAAUGGAUCUAUGCAUGGAUUCUUUGCAGCUAAAAGAGGUUUGAGGCAAGGGGACCCAAUGUCUCCCUUGCUUUUUGUUCUUGGAAUGGAAUACUUGAGUAGAAUCAUGCAAAAAGUUGGGGAGAAGGAUGAGUUUCAGUUUCAUGAAAGAUGCAGGGAUUUAAAGCUUAACCAUCUCAGCUUUGCCGAUGAUGUGUUACUGUUCUGCAAGGGUGAUUUCAAGAGCAUAUAUCUAAUGUUGUAG